UCAACCAGGGGAGAACGACACACUCUAAGACUUCUCCCUAGCUUUGUCUAGCCCUUUUCUCAUUCGAUAUGAAUGAUCUUUCGUCUCGUAUCCAAUGGGACCGAAUCGAGCCUGCCUUCAAUUCUGACUAUGCCGCCUUUCCAAGCCGGCGGAGCGUCGUCUUCGGAACCCUGGGCAUGAUUGCUUCCCCUAAUCCUUUAGCUUCCUCAGCAGGAAUUGAAAUCUUAAACAAAGGUGGCAAUGCAGCAGAUGCCGCCGUGGCUACCGCUGCUGUUUUGAAUGUCGUCGAUCCUUGUAACUGUGGAAUAGGAGGGGACGCCUUUUGCUUAUUCUUCAACUCGGCCGAUCAGAGCCUCAAGGGACUCAAUGGGAGUGGGCGAAGUCCAGCAGCUUUGAGUCUAGAGAAGGCUCGCGAGUUGGGCAUAUCUGGUCGUGAGAUUCCUAUAAAGAACAUCAACUCUGUUACGGUGCCAGGCUCAUGUGCAGCUUGGGUGGACACAAUCAAACUAUUUGGCUCUGGUCGUGUCUCUUUAGCUGAAGUCUUGCAGCCCGCUAUACGUCUAGCCGAUGAAGGAUUUCCAGUCUCAGAGAUUGUGUCUGUGGAAUGGCAGCGUUCAGAGUCUCUUUUAAAGGCCGCCAGUCCGAAUGGUCAUGAGAUGCUUCUUGAUGGUCAACGGGCACCUCGUACUGGAGAGAUCAUGACGAACAAAACGUUAGCCGAAACAUUCAAAACAGUGGCUCAGCAUGGGCGGGACGGAUUCUAUCGGGGUCGAAUCUCGGAAGAAAUCGUGAAGUUGAUCAAAUCUAAGGGCGGAGUCAUGGAAUUGUCUGACCUUGACUCGCAUACAUCCACGCCCGUGGAUCCGAUCUCAUACGCCUACCAUGCCGCAAACCAAGGCGGCGUCACGUUGCAUGAGCUUCCCCCUAAUGGACAGGGACUGACUGCCUUAAUGGCUUUGGGUAUACUUGAAUGCCUUGAAGAGUCGGGAGUGGUGGAUAUGGGAAAGAUGGAACACAACUCAGUAGAGUGGCUACACACUUUGAUUGAAUGCAUGAGACUAGCGUUUGCGGAUACCAGGGCUUAUGUGGCUGACCCAUCCAAGCAAGACGUCCCGGUGAAAGAAAUGCUCGAUAAAGAAUACCUCAGGAGUAGGUCGAAGCUUUUCGAUCCCACGAAAGCUAAAGCGAAUGUCAGCAGAGGAUCUCCCAUCAAAACUCAGGAAACAGUUUACUUUACCACAGGUGAUAAGGACGGGAAUGCUUGCUCUUUCAUCAUGUCGAAUUAUGCCGGAUUUGGUACUGGUGCUAUACCUGCUGGAUGUGGUUUCACCUUACAGAAUAGAGGAUGUAACUUUACUCUUGAUCCAAAACAUCCUAAUUGCUUAGAACCGGGAAAACGGCCAUACCAUACAAUUAUCCCAGCAAUGGUCACCCGUAAGAAUGACUUGUUCUUGUCCUUUGGCGUUAUGGGAGGCUUCAUGCAACCCCAAGGCCAUCUGCAAGUUUUGAUGAAUAUGUUGCAUCGCGGAUUCAGUGUUCAAUCUGCUCUUGAUGCACCGCGCUUCUGUAUCUCAGCAGCCAUGCCCGAUGCAACCGAUGAUCAGGCGGACGCGUGUGAUAUAAACGGUGAGAUAUUCUUGGAGGAAGGAAUCGAUCAAAAUGUGGCAAAGGCGCUCACUGACAUGGGACAUCAAGUCAAGAUCAUCACGGGUCCCAAAAGGGGGAUGUUUGGACGAGGUCAGGUAAUUCAAAAGGUGGUGGACAAAAAUACCGGUAGAUUUGUAUGGGCUUCUGGUUCAGAUCCACGUGCUGAUGGACAAUCAAUUGCACAAAUUUGAAAUGAACUGGAGAUAUGGACACCUCCUCAUGUGUAAAUUGUAUUUUUCAUGUCAUUAUCUGGGUAUUUUUUGUUGGCUCAAGAAUACCGACGAUUCUUACGUUGACGGUGAUGCCAAGAACCUUAGUACUUGCUUACAAAAAUGGCUUCUACAAUUGAGAAAUUAUCAAAGUUUUUUUAUGACCCAGCUGGGCAGUCCC